GGACGCUCUUUUCCCUCCGCUCCUCUCUCAGGCUCACACGGCAGAGACGCGCCUGCCUCCCCAAGUAACGCGAAGAGGUCGCAAACAGGCGGAAUUCAUUCAUACAAACACAUCGAAAAAAAAAAAGAAGAAAUAUUUAGAAGAGGAACAAGUGGAAGGAAUACAACUUGUAGACCAUCAGUUUUUCAUUUUACUUCUUUUUCUUUUUUAAACUAAAAAUCACUGGAAGUUUUGACAUCAUGAGGAUUUUCAGCGUUGUGCUCCUGCUCGUUCACGCCUUGGUGGUGUCCAGACUGGCCGGUGGUGCCGCAGUUGACAGGUAUGAGAGCGACAGGCAGCAGCACACAGCCGUUAUCAGCUUUUUGGACACGACCAAAGACAGGAGGGCAGAGGAUGAGAGCAGAGGCAUGCGUGCGACAACAGUGGAGUAUGGUCAGCAAGGCGAGGAAGAGGAGUACGAUGACGAAUACUACUAUGAAGACGAGUAUGAGGACGGCAUGUCUGGAGACUAUGAACUAGAACUGCCACGAGUUGCCAUGUCAAGCAAACCCAAAGACCCGUCUACCAUCCUGGAAACCGAAAGCCCUGAGGGAAAGAGAAGGAGAGGGAAGGGAAGGAAGAGGGCAAAGGGCAAGGGAAAGAAGAGGAAUCCAUGCCUGAAGAAGUAUAAGGAUUUCUGCAUCCACGGCACCUGCCAUUACCUGAGGGAUAUCCGCGCCCCAUCCUGUGUGUGCCACCCGAAUUACUCCGGUGAAAGGUGUGAGUUCAUCACGCUGCCUGUGCAGUCCCCUGAGGGCUACAACCGGACCACAGCUCUGGCCGUGGUGGCGGUGGUGCUGUCGUCCGUCUGCCUCAUCAUCAUAGGCCUUUUAUUAAUGCUCAGGUUUCACAAGCGGGGAGCGUAUGAGGUAGAGAACGAAGAGAAGGUCAAACUAGGUUUAGCGCCCAACCACUGAAGUGACAAAGAGCGGCAAAGAUGCAGAAAUUCUACCUCAAAAUAGAAAAAGAGAAGUGAACCAGGAAAGGAGGUUCUACAGGAAAAAGGAACGUACAUGAAGAAAGGGAACAGAGGGUGUUGUCUGCGUGGGUCUUCUCUGGGCCUUCAGAUGAACGUAUUCCUGUAGACCUCAGAAGUAAACGGGCCGUCUGAUACUGGAAUACUAAAUGGCCCAAAGGAUGGAGUGGAGGCGUGACAGGCGUGAGGGGAUGAACACGAAAGAACGCGAAGAAGAAGGAGGGACAAGUCUAGACUCUGUGCUGCUUCUUGACUGUGUGAAAAGAAAAAUCGUCUCAGACUGAACUGAACCAGAAAAGAAAUGUUUUUGGUUUUUUUUUUUUAAACAAUGAGAGCUCAACCUGGAUUUUGGAAGAUGGAAAAAAGUCCAUCUUUUUUUCUGUACAGAAAACGGAAUAUUUAUAAUUCUAAUUUAUUUAUUUAAGCUAACUGUAUUUAUAGAGAUUUUUAACCACCUUCAGCAGUUUUUGCAAUAAUGAUGUUACAGUUGUUUUUAUAUUUCUUAUUGGACAAUAUUUAUUUAUGAAACAGAAAAGCCAAUGAUGCAGAAGGUCCUUAAGAUAUUAAGUAUUUCAUGAAAAGAGCUAUGAUGCAUAAGUAUCUGAUUUCUGGCUUUAAUUCUGGCACUCAGUAGAUGAUCAAUCGCACUGUGAUUAAUAAAUUGAUCAUUGAAUAGACAUGAUUUUUUUUUUCAUUUUUUAUUAUUCAGGGUGGUUUCAAUGAAAGCAAUGCUUUUCAGGAACACCCAGCUCACACUCACACAGUUAUAUACGUUCACACCUGGAAACUGCCCAGUACAACCAGUUCCAAUCUGGCAGCCCCGAAGUGGCUCCACUGUAGCAGGUGUGGGAGGUUCAGGGCCUUGCUCAAAGGCACAUUAGUGAUGGUAAUGAGUGAGGGAUGAGCCCUGCUCUUUCACUUUCCCCACCCAAAUGUAUCCUGCAGGUUCGGGGAUCUUUAGGCCGCACUGGGCUUAGUGUUAUGAGUCAGUGUUAAGUCAUUUUGAGACAGUCCGCUGGCUGUGUAUUGAUUAUAGGCAACAUAAAAACUGUGCACUCAGUGUCUGUAUUGCUAAAAAACUUUUAAAAGGGAGUCAAAUAUAAAAUGUACUGUAGCAAGAAUUUGGUAUAAAUAUAUUGUACUGUCAUGUUGUCUUAUCAUCAUAGGAAAAACUCCCUCAGAUCUGAGUUAAGCUGUAAAGCAAAAAAAAAAAAAAAAAAGAAAAAAGAAAAAGAAAAAAAAAAAAGAAA